AUGGCAUCCGCCGUUUCGCUUCUCCUCCUGUCGCCCCCGCGCCAGCUCCACCGCGACGGCACAUCCCGCCUCCUCAGCACCCCGCACCGGCGGGUCCUCCUCGCCGCCCCCACCAACGCCACCCCUCGUCGGCUCCUCGCCGCCGCGCCGCGCGCCUCCAACAACAACGACAACAGCGGGGCCGUGGAGGCGCCCGACCGCCUCGUGGCCGCGGUCGCCUACCUCUACCCGUUCCUCGACGGCGCGCACCACGGCCGCUUCCUCCUCGCGCAGUUCCCCUUCUUCGGAGCGGUGCUCCGCCCGCUGGCCCCCGCGGCUCGGCUCUUCCACUCAUCGCCGCUCACGCCCUUCCUCCUCUUCCUCACGCUCUACUUCGCCGUCGUGCGGAACCAGCAGGCCUUCUCCCGCUUCGUCCGCUUCAAUGCGAUGCAGGCCGUCGUGCUCGACGUGCUGCUCAUCUUCCCCGACCUGCUCGCGCAGUCGUUCGCGCCCUCCGGUGGGGUUGGGUUCGAGGUCUUCCAGAGCAUGGAGAACACGGUCUUCCUCUUCCUGCUCGUCUCCUUGGUCUACGGCGGGGGCGCCUGCCUGCUGGGGAAGACGCCACGGCUGCCCAUUGUCGCAGAUGCAGCGGAGCGCCAGGUGAUGUGA